UCGCAAAGUCGAUACAUUUUCUCGCCUAAAGUCAGAAACCCUAGACCUCAAACAUUUUCAAUUCGGCAAAAUCAUCAUCUCUGAAAAUGUCUUCACCGCCGUCCAAGAGUUGGAGUAUUCACACUCGUCGCGAAAUCACCUCAAAGUACGAAAUCCUCGAACGCGUUGGCUCAGGUGCCUAUUCCGAUGUUUACCGUGGUCGCCGCCGUUCCGAUCAACAAAUUAUCGCUCUAAAGGAGGUUCACGAUUAUCAGUCAGCAUUUCGCGAAAUAGAAGCCCUUCAAACGCUACAGAAUUGCCCAAACGUCGUGAUUCUGCACGAGUAUUUUUGGCGGGAGGACGAGGAUGCGGUGCUCGUUCUUGAAUUCCUCCCUACAGACUUCUCUUCGUUGAUUAUUGAAGCCAAGAGAGAGCUUCCAGAUGGGAUCCCUGCCGGUGAAAUCAAACGGUGGAUUAUUCAGAUUCUGUCCGGUGUUGAUGCUUGUCACCGGAAUUCCAUUGUCCAUCGAGAUCUAAAGCCGUCGAAUUUGUUGGUAUCAGCUGAUGGCGUACUCAAGCUGGCAGAUUUCGGUCAGGCAAGAAUACUCUUGGGGCCGAGUUUUAUCAGCAUUGAAGAAAACCUGCAGCCAUUUGAACAACCUCUUGAAUUUAAUCAACAGUCAGAGAAUGAUCAUCCAACAAACUUAGGUAAAGAUUUCCUUACAGAACCCGAUAAAGACACAUACGAUGGCAACACAUCUUGCCUUGCUACAUGUACAACUAGUGAAAUGGAAGAAGAUCCUUUUAAUGGUUCAUACUCUUACGAAUCAAUGGAAGGAGGAGGAGGAGGAGGAGACGAUAGAUCAGGUCCAUUAACAUCCUGCGUUGGAACCCGUUGGUAUAGAGCUCCAGAGCUUUUAUAUGGUUCAACAAAUUAUGGACCUGAAAUCGAUUUAUGGUCAUUAGGUUGCAUUUUCGCUGAGCUUUUCAGUUUGAAACCGUUAUUUCCAGGAAGUUCUGAUAUUGACCAACUUGGGAGAAUUUUCAAUGUUUUGGGAAACUUGAAUGAAGAAGUAUGGCCAGGAUGUAAGAAACUACCUGAUUACAAAAUAAUCUCGUUUAGUAAAGUGGAGAAUCCGAUUGGGCUGAAAGAUAGUAUUCCAAAUCGAAGUUUGGAUGAGAUCAAUCUUGUGAAAAAGCUUCUUUGUUUCCAUCCGGCUGGUAGAGCUACUGCGAUGGAGCUUCUUAUUGAUAAGUAUCUAAAUGAAGAGCCUCUGCCUGUUCCGGUUUCUGAGCUGAGAGUGCCUUCCACGAGAACUGCGGUUGAAGAUGAUGAUGAUUCUGCGGGUGAGUGGCGGGAUUACAGAGAAGUGGAUUCUGAUUCUGAUUUUGAAGACUUCAAUACAAAUAUAACUAAUACGGAAACUGGAUUUUCUAUUCGAUUCUCGUAAUGUUUAAUAGAAAUGUCACAAAAUGUUGAUUAUUUGAUUGUGUUUUCUUGUUUGGAGGCUUUAUGAAAGACAUUGUUACAUCUGGUUGAAGAUAGUUCUUAUGUUUUGUUA